AUCUUUAGAGGGACGUAUUUGUAAACUAGUAAACUUUGGUUCCGUUUCUGCAACUCACACUAAAACAAGGAUCAAAACAUAAAAUAGAUAACGUUUGAGUUCAUUACCCGAAUCACAAAUCUCUACUAGGGAAAAAACAAAAAGUGAGCUGAAUCACAAAUCGUUGAAUUACGAAAAAACCAUCGGCGAUAAGCGAACAAUUUCCGAUCAUCGAAAAAUGGCCGGAAGAUUAAGCAAUGCAGCUACACGCAUCAUGGGAGGUAACGGCGUCGUUUCACGCGCCGUCGCAUCUUCUCUUCGAACACGCGCCGGCAUGGGCCUUCCCGUCGGCAAACACAUUGUACCUGAUAAGCCGCUUCAAGUGAAUGAUGAACUUAUAUGGGAUAAUGGAACUCCUUUUCCGGAGCCGUGUAUUGAUCGAAUAGCAGAUACUGUUGGAAAGUAUGAGGCAUUGGCUUGGUUGUGUGGUGGAUUGAGUUGUUUUGCUGGGAUUGGAUUGUUAGCUGUUUGGAAUGACAAGGCCUCCAAAAUCCCAUUUACACCAAAGGUCUAUCCAUACGACAACUUAAGAGUGGAGCUUGGUGGAGAACCUUGAGCUAGGAGCUAGUUGCAAUUGGAUCCACAAAUGUGCUUCCUGCAUUUCUAGUCAUGUAUAAUCAACUGUGUAAGUGCUUGAAACAGUGAAAAUAAGUCUUGGUUCGACAUUUGCAGCCAACAGACUGACGUUACUUUUGCUUUUGUCCCAUUUCUGCUGAAUCUUUUCAUAUUUUAAGAGUUUUGAUUUGGCUA